GUGCGGGAUGUCAUAGUAAUAGGAUUAGCCAAUUCCGCUAUGAAGGAGAGGCUACUGCGCACGGAAGAUCUAACCCUCCAAAAGGCAAUCACUAUGUGCAGAGCGGCCGAAUUAUCCCAAAAACAAGUCGCAGAACUAACGAACGAGAUACCUGCAACCUCCGUGCUCAACGUCAGCUCAACGCCGAUUCACGACGUCAAACACGUCAAUCCUGUCAACACGUCAAGAACAAGAAGCAUCAAGAUGAGAAAAUGCUAUCGUUGUGGCAAUAACUGGGAUCGUACUCAUCAAUGCCCAGCCAUGGGUUGCAAAUGCCAGAAGUGUGGCAUCCCUAAUCACUUUGCAAAAGUCUGCAGGAACAGACAAGUUGCAGCGAUAGUGCAACAACCAAGUGAGGACGUCGACAUGGACAGCGAGGAGACUUACUUCGUAGGCUGCAUCAAUAGCGAGUGUGAAUGAAAAUGCAAUUCCCAGAGCCGAUCCACCUCGUCGGGUCCCUAUAGCACUAAGACAAAACCUUAAAGAAGAGUUGGAAAAUAUGGUGAGACAACAAAUAAUUACCAAAAAUGAGGAUCCGAUGGAGUGGGUCAACUCUACUGUUGUAACCAAAAAGAAGAACAAUAAAAUUCGCGUAUGUAUUGAUCCCCGGUAUUUAAAUAAGUUUAUUAUAAGAACGCAUAAACAGUUGCCAACUGUCGAUGACAUACUAGAUAAGUUAUCAGGAUCUAAGUAUUUUUCCAAAUUCGACUGUAGCAGUGGAUUUUGGACCGUACAGCUUGACCCGGAGAGUUCAAAGUUGUGCACGUUUUCUACUCCAUUUGGAAAUUACUCCUAUAAAAGAUUGCCAUUUGGACUUUCCGUGUCAACGGAAGCGUUUCAGGAACGUAUGGAAGAGACGUUCAGUGACAUCGACAAUGUACAAUUUUAUGUGGAUGAUUUAAUUAUUUACGCUAACACCGUGGAAGAACAUAAUAAAGUGUUACUAAAUGUAUUGAAAAGAGCUCAGGAAUGUAAUGUCAAAUUCAACAGGGAGAAAUCUCAAAUUCUGCGUAAAGAAAUUUCAUUUCUAGGUAUGAUUGUAAGUGACCAAGGGGUUAAACCCGACCCAAUGAAAGUAAUGGCUAUCUCUGAACUGAAAUGCAUUCAUGACAAGAAAGAACUUGAAAGAUUUCUAGGAAUGACAAAUUACCUGUCAAAAUUUAUCAAUAACUAUUCGACUAUUACAAGCCCGUUACGUGAGCUUCUCAAAAAAGAUAUAUUAUUUAAAUGGCUUCCUUCUCAUGAAAGUGCAUUUAAUAAGCUUAAGGACGCAUUAACGAAUGCUCCGACACUUAAACUAUUUAAUAGCAAUAAAGAUAUUGUUGUAUCAGUAGAUUGCAGCUCAGAAGGGGUAGGCGCUUGCCUUUUACAAGACAGACAGCCUGUUGCAUACGCUUCAAAGGCACUAACCGAAUGUCAGAAGGGAUAUGCACAGGUUGAACGUGAGAUGUUUGCUAUUGUGUUUGGAUGCAUUAAAUUCCAUAAGUAUAUUUUAGGAAAACAUGUCUUAGUUGAAACCGAUCAUUCUGCCUUAGAAAUUUUAUUUAAAAAACCUCUGUCUUUAGUUCCUGUAAGAUUACAGAGAAUGAUGCUUAAAAUACAAGGAUAUGACAUUACUGUCAAGUACGUGCCCGGAAAACAAAUGUACAUAUCAGACUUUCUCAGUCGCUCAUUUCUAAACGAUAAAAAUGAUGAAACAAAACAACUUGAUGAAGACUUUAAUAAGGAAAUAAUUUGUCAUGUAGAGAUUAUGAUGGAUUUGCUGCCUAUUUCUAGCGAAAAGAGACAGCUCAUUGCGAUGAAAACUACUGAGGAUCCUACACUAUCUUGUUUAAAAAACUAUAUUCAUCAUGGUUGGCCAAUUUCUAAAAAUAAUUUGAAUGACUCAGUAAAACCUUUUUGGAAUUUUCGCAAUGAAUUGUCUGUAGUUGACGAUAUUAUUUUAAGAAAUAAUCUGGUUGUGAUACCAUUGACAUUACAGAAAAUGAUGUUAGAAAUUAUACAUGAGGGUCACUUAGGAUUAAAUACAUGUCUUAGAAGAGCUAAAAAUGUUAUGUUUUGGCCUGGAUUGACAAGUCAAAUUAAAGAACUCUGCAAUAACUGUCAAACAUGUGCCGUGUUUAGAAAAAAUAAUACCAAAGAACCAAUACAUUUUCAUGAGAUACCCAGACAUCCUUGGUUAAAGCUAGGCACGGAUCUUUUCGAAUUUAAUAAGCAAUAUUUUUUGAUAGUUGUGGAUUACUACAGCAAAUUUUUUGAAGUGGUUCGAAUAAAUGACUUGUCUUCCAAAACCAUUAUCAAUCACAUCAAGUCUAUGAUAGCUCG